AUGAAAAAUCAUAGUAUCACGUAUACAUGUUGUGAAUGUGUAAAUCGAAAAUGCGUUGAACAAUUUUCGUUUACACUCCGAGAUGUUAGCUACGCCAAGUUUGUCGACUACCUCCAUACACCUAAAGAUCCUUCUAGUUUGGCUGUUACGAGAAUAUUAUUCGGGGUAUGUAUGUUGUUCGACAUCCCUGAUGAGAGAGGUGGGGCGAUGAUGAAGUCUCGUUGGGGCAAUCCAGACACUUGCCACUUUCCUCUAAUUCCAUUUGUGACUGCAGUUCCAAUGCCGUAUAUGGCGUUGGUCUACCUGGCCUUGUGGCUUGGUGCUCUAGGUAUAACUCUGGGAUACAAAUAUUCUUUAGCGUCCUGGACCUUUACAAUAGCCUAUUGGUAUUUGUUCCUAAUAGAAAAGAGUUUCUGGAACAACCAUAGCUAUUUGUUUGGCUUGGUGUCAUUUUUAUUAUCCUGUACGCAGGCUGGUUGCUUUUGGUCUGUGGACGCUUACUUGGACCCAUCAUUAAAGAAAACCACAGUGCCAUAUUGGAACUACUUCGUUUUGAAAUACCAGUUCUUUAUUCUAUACUUUAUGGCUGGUUUAAAGAAAGGGACUGCUGAGUGGUUGACUGCAUACUCUGUAAAUCAUUUGAGCGAACAUUGGGUAUUCGCUCCAUUCAAAUUGUUUCUAACAGCAAGUCAAAUAAACUAUCUCAUUGUACACUGGUUUAUCUUCGUUUUUGAUCUAACAAUUGCUUUCUGGAUGAUGUAUUCAAAAACAAGACAUAUUGCCAUGGCGUUCUGUGGUCUGUUCCAUCUUAUGAAUAUUCGUCUUUUUAGCAUCGGUAUGUUCCCCUGGGUCUGUUUAUCGACGAUGCCACUAUUCUACGCCUUCGAUUGGCCAAAGAAAGUUUACCAAACUUUAUCAGUGUGGCUGCAAGAACUGCAACACAACAAAGCGAUGUUGAAAAUGACACGAGCUCUUUGUAUUGAAACUCAAAAAUGUUGCAAAACUAAAGAGAUUAAAGAUGCAAGUGAAAUUACGAAAGAUCAUCUUACCUCCACUGGAGAAGAACCAACGACUCAAGAUAAAGGAGAUGAAGAGAAAAAUGAGUCUAAAUCUCGAGGGAAGACAAUUGUAUUGAUUUUGCUAUUUGUUUUUUCGCAGGCGUUUUUGCCGUUUUCACAUUUUAUAACCAAGGGAUACAAUAACUGGACGAAUGGUCUCUAUGGAUAUUCCUGGGACAUGAUGGUUCACACAUGGGAUGUUAACAGCGUGGUCAUCAAAAUAGUUGACAACACGAAACAAGCUGAAUACUACCUGGACCCUUACAUUUUCACGCCAAACAACCGUUGGACACGAUAUGGCGACAUGAUCCACCAAUACGCACAUUGUUUGAAAGACAAAUUUGCUUCCAAACAGAUGAAUAUAUCAAUCUAUUUCGAUGUUUGGUGUUCUCUUAAUGGAAGAUUUACACAGAGAAUGUUUGAUGAUAAAAUUGAUCUGUUGAAUGUAUCAUGGUCGCCUUUUCGUCCUGUGUCUUAUCUUAUGCCCCUGUUGAGUGAAGGUUACAGCUGGAGAAAGGCGUUGCAAGAAAUAGAGGAUGAUGUUAAUUCGUGGAACAAUAAUAGUGAUGUCCUUUUUGUUGCUGAGUUUCCAGGUUACGAACAACACAAGUUCAUACCGAAAGAGUUGGUGGACGUAAAGUUGACAGCACUUAAGGGCAACUUGCUUUACGAAAUAGAAAUGCGUAACGUUACUCAAGCUCAGCUAUCUCCAGGAAUGAAAGUGAAUAUUACUUCGAAUAUGUUCCAUAGAGUUAAGAAUACUGGUACCAUGCCAGCUUUUUACAUGUAUACCUUUACGGACACGGUUGAACAGCAUGUUCAGUCGCCGGAUCCAUAUUUACCGAUAGCGGACGAAAUUUCACGUAGAUUCAGGAAUUAUAUUUUGUUUAUUAAUAAUCUAACGUCUAGUUUAUUUCAAAUUACAGAAUGCCAAUGAAUAGGUACUAUGUUAUAACGAAAACUUUUAAUUCUUUGAAGUAUAUGGGUACAAUUGUCGCUACCAAUUAAAAUAAUAUCUCUUGCCCCUUGAACGGGGAUAUUGUUUCACAGAGAACUUUAAAAAUCGCGGAUGUUGUCGUUUUGAGACCUUCCAAAAAUUCAAACCCUUAAGUCAUUACACAGACUACGCACGUGCGUAUUCUGAAUUUGUGUAUUUUUGUACAUAUACUAUGUACGCUUAUCAUGGUGUGGGUGGCAGUUGCUUUAUGUUUUUGUCUAUUACCGAAACUAUUAGAAAGUGAAAAUUCUUACGCUUUAAUGAUUUAUUAUAUUAUAUUAAAGAAUAACAUAUGGGGAAGAAUUUUUUGUAAUUUUAAGUACAAACAAAAUUGAUGUCAAAAAAUGUAGUUUAGAUGUUGUUAUUGUCUUAGUAUUUUCUUUAAUAUCUAUGUCUAUAUGUGUUUAUAUUAUGUCCAUUAAAAUCAUACAAUAUUUGAAAUCUUUUAUAUGCCAGGAUGUUAACGGACUCAUUACAUGCUAUAUAUU